AGCUGAGCAAUUUCACUUUCUUUUUCUUCCUCUUUGGAGGGCUCUGAAGAGUUCUCUCUGAACUUUCUAGAGGUUCAAAGGUGUCGUACUCCCCCUGAGCCAAGUUCAGGGCACCCUCGGGGCUGUGUAGGGGAUGGCAGGAGGGGACAAUGGAUCCAGCAGCAGGGCAACCACAGAAGACCAGAGCAAAGAGGAGUCGGCCGAAUAUCAGCGCAUGUUCAAGCACUUCAAAGAAAAUAAGGUAGAAAUCGCAAGCGCCAUCACAAAGCCGUUUCCUUUCCUUAUGAGCCUCCGAGACCGCGGCUUCAUCUCUGAGCAGAAGUUUCGGGAUUCUCAAGAAAGGUGUCAAAACCUGGUCCCGGUGGGCAUAGUGGUGUAUGACAUCCUUAGUGACCUACAGAACAAGUUUAGCCUGUCGCUUCUGGCAGUGAUAUUCAGCAAAGUGCAUCUGAAGGCCUACCCAGACUUAGAGGAGACUCGGAGAAGCUUCCUAGACGUUUCCAACAGUCACAGAACUCCUCAGAGGAUGAAUGGAAGAGAUGUUGAAGAGAGGCCCAGACUGCCAGGACAUGUUAGGGAAGGAACCUUCUUUCCAAAUGGUUGCAGGAGGAAUAUCAGAAGUACAGAAGCAUCCUGUAGUCCUGGAAAUUCCCAAAUGAAUGAUGAGCAGGGAGAGGAGGUGCCUAGCCUCCCACAAUGCAACGGAGGAGAAGGAAGUAGUUCUUGUGAACAAAUGUUUGAUGGACAAGAGCCCCAGGAUGACUUACCCCCAUCAUCACUGAGACCUGAAGCAGGAGCAGAACAAUCCACAAGUGGAAAUGAGGCCUGUUCCUGUGUCAUGUGUUCCCCAGCAUACAUUCAAGAAGGCCCAGAAGCAAGGAUGGGAAGCAGCCGAGCAGGUGCCACCUGCAGCUGGAUGACAUUGCUUUGUCAGGGCCCUAGGAAGGACACUGUCAAGUGUGAUCCUACUGCUGGUGAGGAGGAAAGAGUUCAGACCAACUAUUCUCAACCCAAUACUGUGAAGACUGGAAACAACACUACUGUAGGAAAAUCCAAGAGGAAGAGAAGAAAAAAGAAAGGCCACAACUGGUCAAGAGUAAAAUGGAGAAGGCCACAGACUGUACGACCAACAAAUGACAGCAGAGCUGGUGUCCAGACAGCUCUCAGGAGAAAGAAAAUGAAAAAGAACCCAGGACCCUCUACCAAGACCAGGGUUCCAAGAAAGCGCAGAUAUGAGAAUGCAGAUUUCAGCACUGAGCUGCUUCCUGUGACAUGUGGUGACGUGAAGGGAGUGUUAAGCAAGGAUAAAUUCAAGCAAGGGGUCUCCGUGAAGUCCAUACAGAGUGAGGAUGGGAACUGGUACACACCCCCUGAGUUUGAAAUCCUGGGAGGCCAUGAAAAAUCAAGGAACUGGCGAUUGAGUCUGCGCUGCUACGACAGACCCCUGAAAUUGCUGAUCGAGGGAAACUUUCUACCCAAUCCUCCACGAAUAUAUGGUAGGAAAAAAAAGAGAACACAGAAUUUGUACAGUUCUCCAGCUGACCCUUGUAUGCAAAACUCAGAUGAGUGUGAGGUGUGCCGGGAUGUAGGAACACUCUUCUGCUGUGAUACUUGCUCCAGAGCCUUCCAUGAGGAGUGUCACAUCCCAACGGUGGAGGCUGAGAUAACACCAUGGAGCUGCAUCUUCUGUAGGAUGCAGUCCUUAGGAAGCCAACAGAGUCAUCCAGAAUCUGAGGUACUGCAGAGACGCAUGGUGCCCCAGGAACAGUUGAAGUGUGAGUUUGUCCUCUUGAAAGUCUAUUGCUGUUCUGAGAGCUCCUUUUUUUCCAAGAUGCCAUAUUAUUAUUAUUUUAGGGAAACAUCUGAGGGUGUGCAGAAAGCUAUGUGGUUGGACAUCAUCAAGAAAAAGCUGAGAAAGAGAGGUUACUCUCACGUGGAAGAGUUUGUGCAAGACAUGAGGCUCAUCUUCCACAAUCACAGGACCACGUUCAAGGACCUUAACUUUGGCCAAAUGGGACUUGGACUGGAGUCUGAGUUUGAGAAGACUUUCAAGGAAGUGUUUGCUAUUCAGGACACAAAUGAAAACAGUUGACUGAUGUCCCGGAUGCUGCUGGUGUCCUGGCACCUUGUCCUUUUCUGGCCAGGUCUUCCCACACACAGCAGUGAGUGCUCUCUACCGACUCCAUCAUCCACAGAGGAUUCUCUGGGUCACAUGCAGACAGCUGAAGCUGGGAGUCACACCUCCUGGCCUUGAGGUCCAUCCCCCUGCCUCCAGCUGGAACCAAGGAUGUAAUAAAUUGCUGUUCUCUGCUCCCCACGUCCAA